GUCGAGUUUAUUAGACUCAUACGUCCCUAUCUAGACCUGAAAUGGAUCCCAAGAGCGCCCAUGGGCAGCACGCGGCGAGCCUACGAGUAUUCCGUGUGCUUAGUGGCUUUGCCAUAACUUGAACAGUUCAGGAGUUCUUCCGACGUCGGGUGGGCGUGCAACUCUGAUUCACAUUCACAUUCCAUCUCCAUGUCCACGUAUAUAAGAAUGGACAUCGCUGCACAUUUCCCACCGCUCUUCCAUUUUUUUGUCGCUCUUCUCAUUUCUUGGGUCCUCCACCUCGCUAAAACCCUGUCGUCUUGUUGUCAUUUGUGUUGUCAAUCUAUGACUCCUACAAUACCCCGCCGAAAACUGCAACACAGGCAAGCGCCGAGGUGGAGGCUGGCCACGUUCUGACGAUCGUCCGAUGAAUUUGCUUCAAAGUGGCCGUCGCGUCGCAUUUCGCGCGUUAGAUGCCCUACGCAACUCGACAGGAGCGAUCGAGACGAUCACUUGAAAGCUCCAUCAGCAAAGGCAUAUUGGACGAGGCAUCUGCAAUCGCAUUUACCAGCCUCCCUCUGCGACGAAGUUGUUUUUUUCGCGAUGACGGACCUCCCACGCCCCGUAGCAGUGCAGGGCAUGGCGGCUAGCAUCCUUGUCUGCAUGUGC